AGGCCAUGGUUUUCAUCAUGACAGGUGGGUAGAAUGUAGUGACCAAUACUAUGCAGACUGUAAGCAUAAGCAUCACGCUAUUGGCAUUUCUCCAAACAGUAUCCAGUAUAGCUCCCAAUUUCAACGAAACUCUACUUGAUGAAGACAUCAACGGUACUUCGGGUAGUCACGUGACAGAUUUAACGACAAGUCAGGGAAACACAAGUCAGAUGAAACACGAGGCUACCUGUUCUCAACAGUGUUCUCAACAGGACCUCUCCUAUUGUACAGGGUACAGUUACCCGAUAGAAGAGGACCUGGAACUGUCCAUCUCGUGUAACACACGUGACCAACACGGGAGGGACAGACACGUGAUGGCUUACAUUGACAGUGCUAUUAACGGACACUGGAAGAACAUGACUCUGGUAUUCCAGGAGCUGCUCAUGAGGGUGUCACCGUUGCAAGAGAAGUUCCCAGAACAGUACUUCACUCAAGAGACUGCAGUUAUUUCGGUACUAGAAGGACACAAGAUGUCCAACUCCUGUAACGCAGACUAUCUCCCCCUCAAAGAACUACUCUGUAGUUGGACCUUUGUCAGUCCUUGUCAGUCCCAAUUCAAGAUAUGUCGGGACUCCUGCGACACCCUGAUGGAGGAGUGUUUCCCCAGUGCCAUGCGAGACUACGACUCUCGUACUGUUCUGGACUUUAUCUGUGGUGUGUUGAGCAGCACCAACAACACAGGCUGCUACAUACCAGAGGAUGUGUACCGGGAGGAUUACAAUUCUCGGAGGGACUCAGAUCACAAAACUCGGGCAGAUUACAUUACGAUACUGUCAGCUAGUGCGGGGGCGGCGAUUCUUCUUGUUAGCAUAAUAUUCCUGCUAGCUGCUGUCAGAUACUAUCUCAAGAUCCAAGGGUUUAUUGGAGACGACGUUACUAAGUUCGACAUGUUGGACCCGGUUUGUGAGCGAGCCAGACAGUUUUUGAGUAAAAGUGACCUGUUUCCUCAACUUCGCGCCAACCCUUCACUUGGAGAGCGAGGUCUGCAGCUAAAGAAGCGAGGUAACAUGAAACUAGACCACCUGGUCCACACCUCCAACAACACCGUAUCAGAGAUCUCACUAGACCAACUUGACGCUCACUCCCUCAACUCUAGUGCUAGUACCUUCUACUGUCAGACAGAUCACAGUGUCAGUACUAUUGGAGAGGUCCUGCCUCCUGAAACUAUUUACUUCGAGGGAGUUCUCUCGUCCCGGUGGAAGUCCUCUGAAGAUGAAGUUAUCGCUCUAGUUCACUGGGUGGACGGUAUUGGAAACAAAAAGAAAGGUGUAAUAAAAUGCUACACAGACAAGAAAAGAAAACACAUGGAGGACGAACUGAACGUUAUCUCAGUGCUAUCACAUGACAACGUGUGUGAGUACCUCUGGAGGAGUAUGGGAAACAGACCCCACGUCAGAGGAAUGUCACCACACCUCCAGAGUGUCAUGUCCGUCAGAAACAACUAUUUUUGUACCGAGUACUACGCCUAUGGGUCUCUGAAGGACUUCUUAAUAUCCCGCGGUCAUUACUUGAUGAGGGAUAGCUGGGCUCAAUCCUUUAUGAGGGACAUUAUCAGCGGAAUGUCCUAUCUCCACGACCUGGAGGUAUUCCACAGAGACCUAAAAACAGCGAACAUUCUAGUGGGUAGCAGGCCCGGUACCAAGACGGGAAACUCCUGCCCUUUUAAAUUGGUGGUGUCUGACUUUGGGCAUAGUCAAGAGAAACACAGACAGGACUGUUAUGUCAGGGACGGUAGCGGAGGCACCUCCCAAUACACCGCCCCAGAAGUGUUGCUCUCCACCGGAGUAGAGAGGAUAAACCUCUACAAAGCAGACGUGUACAGUAUGUCCCUUGUUAGUUGGGAGCUGCUGUCUUAUGUGUGCUGCAAGCACAAUGAGCCUCACAAUCGACACGAGACCUCCAAGAUGAGCCCCAGUUCUCGCCCGCACCCCUCAGACUACACCACCACCACCAUACCCCGGUGUCAGAUACAGAACCAUACGGCGUACGGGGCAUACCUGUUGAAUAGAUUCCCUGAUAUUAGCUCCACCUCCACCUCGUCAAGUGUUGUUAGAGACUACAUGCGCAACAUGUACAGGAAUAACAUUAAAUUCAGACCGCCCAUCGCAGCACACUGGACCACCAUUUCUCCUAUCAUCAAAUCGUUAAUAGUGAUAACGAAUAAAAUGUGGCACACAGACCCGCACGAGAGAAUCAGUACAGCGCAACUAUGUAGAAUAUUUAAUCUUCCUCGUUACAAUUCCCGACUGUCACUUCUGUCGAACAAGAAAACAGUUUCAAACACGAUAUCAUCAGUCCUUUGUAUGAACAGCGUGCCCACGUGACAAAUGAAGCCCCCCCCCCCCCCACGUGAAACGCCGCUGCGCGCAUCACGUGACUCCAUAGCAACGCAUCACGUGACUCUAUAGCAACGAAUCACGUGAUAAAUAACAAAGAUGUCUGAGUAUCAAGACAGGACAAGAAACUAUGGAUAAUAUCAGCUGAUUUGUUGUGAGAAUGUUAGAAGAGAAGAUUCUUUAGAGAACACGUGUCAAUUUGUUCGCGGAUUAUUGAUUAUGUCUAACGAUGAACUUUAUUUAAGAGACGUAGGUUAAACUGCAAGCCUAUUUGAUGAUUUUUUUAAUGAAUUAAUGGAUAUGACAAUUUUAUCAGUCAAGAUAUUUCGAAGUAGUUUGAUUUAAUUAAUGUUUUCUUCAGAGAAUUUUUGGUAGUAUCACGAUUAAUAAUUUCGUGCACUUUCCGAUCGAGCAAGUACACAUAGAAAAUUUGAUCUACAGAAUACGUUUAAGAGUGAGAGGGAUGAUUUUUGGUAUCACUAUUAGUAUUAGUAUCACGGUAAAAAAUACUUGCACUGGUCGAUUUAGAAAGUACGAAUAUAAAAUUAGAGAAUACAUAAUAUAGUUAUAAAAUGAGAAAAGUAGACUUGAUUAAUAGACUGAUGGUGGGUUGAGCCAUAUUUUUGAGAAAGAUAAAUAAAAUUUACAAUUUAAACAUCGAUAAAACAUGCCAUCUACCGUUCAAAAUGCAGAAUGUUAGAAAUUAUGAUUCUGAAACAGAAUAUGUCCUGAAAUACUUCAUAAUUAAUAUUAAAGAGAUAUUCUGUAGCAAAUAAUACAUGGCUCACGCCUCCACCAGUAUCCGGGUGUAUAGACAAAGUUGAAAGAUCACUUGCUGAUCUUUUCGCUCACUAUACACUGACAAUUAAAGAAGUGUAUUCAUGGGAAGGAGGCGUGCACAGUUAGGGGUCUGGCAUGCCAGGUACGUGGGCCUUAUUUAUAUUAUCGGUCAGAAGGCACAUUAUUUAAUUUAAAUCGGGCGUGAUAGUCACUUUUUAGAUUUACAGAUGAAGAUAUUUGAGAGAUUGUGAAAUGAAAGUGAAUGACUUUUGUAAAUGUUUUUAAAAUGAGCAAUUAUACCGCUCGAUCCCAAUUAAUUAAUUAAUUAGGAUUUAACACUAAUUAAUAAUCGCUAUUAUUGUUUAAAUGCACAAUUUUCUCGGAGUUUUAUUGAAAAUGUUGUUUCUUUUCUGAACAUGUCUACUACAGACUACAGUAAAGAUUUCGAAUGAAUGGAGCUUAGUUUGGAGUAGACCUAUAGGAUUAUCAUUUAUCAGCCGGAUAAGAUCCGCGGCAGUACAGUGGGACCUCCAGUUCUGUCGACCGAGGCACUCGGUAGUGUUUAACUUGAAACACGUUGCAACCCCUUUUCGCGCGCCGGCCGACAGAGGUAUCCGUAUGCACUAUACAUUAACGUGUAGCAACAUGUUUAACAGAACUGUGAGGCUGGUACGAAGAGCAGAGAAUAAAAACUGUUUUCAAGUCAACAUUCCGAGUCUCAGGAAUGUGCUACAAGAUUAUUUUGGCUGUAAAUGUAAUGAAUCACGCCUUAAGUAGUAAUGAACUAUUUGAAAAUAUGCAUUAAACCUUCCCAUACUCAAGGUGAACAUUUUGCUCUACGUGCGGCUCGUAGUGGGUGCCUUUAACCUAGAAAUGAGAAAAAUGAGUAGACCGUGCGAUUGUAAAGGAAAGUCGUAUUUCAACACAGACAUGAAGAAUU